AAAUUGAGUAAAAAUGGAAUUCACAAAAGACACACUCUUUUCAUUUGAAUACAACAUUACGGAAUUCAGACAAAACAACAAUCAUUGUUAUUCAGAAACAUCCUCCGACAAACCUUUUCCAUUGCUGUUUUUGCUCAUUCUUUUCUAAUUGCAAACAUACAGUCGAAUUGAGCUGAUGCAAAAGCAAAAAGUUGCUAUGCACAUCAACAAUAAAUAAAAAUGAAAUGCAAACCAAAAAAAUAAAUAAAAUAAAAUAAAGUAAAGUAAAAAUAAAAAUAAAAAUAAAAACUCUCUUUCCAUACACAAUCUCCCAAAAGAUGGCCUCCUUGCUUGAGUCUUGCCUGACCUCGUCAUCAAAUGACACCCACCCUUCUUCUUCCUACAGCUAGCUAGCUAGCUCAUGCAUACACUUGAAAAGAAAUAGUGGAAUCGUCUAUUCAUCAAUACGGUGACAUUGUAAUUUUUUAUUUACGUUUUUUUUUUUUGCUUUGUUUCUGUUUUUAUUGUUAUUUUCAUUUGAAAUAAUUCUUUCUACAAGCAGUCUUAUUUUGGUUCCGUUUUGUACGAAAGCAUUUCCGCCUCCAUCAUGGAUAGACGACAUCAAGACAUUGUGGGUGGUCUCUUUGCUGGCGCCGUAAUUUGCUAUCUUUUCCAAAAAUGGAUAGCUCCCAAAACUUCAUCCAAGUCAAAAGAGGAGAAACAUUUCGACGAGGAUAUCGUUGAAGGUGUGGAAGGUCUCAUUGGCAAUACCAAACUCGUAAGAAUCAAGUCUUUGUCCGAAGCCACCGGUUGUGACAUCUUAGCCAAAGCCGAAUUCCUCAACCCAGGAAACUCUCCAAAAGAUCGCGUUGCCCUCGAAAUGAUUCAAAGUGCCCAGGACAAGGGCGAGCUCACUCCCCACCAAAACGACGUCGUCUAUGAGGGAACCGCUGGUUCUACCGGGAUCUCUCUCGCUAUGCUUUGUUGUUCUCUUGGAUACAAAUGCCACAUCUUUAUGCCAAGUGACCAAUCCAAGGAAAAAAGUGACGUCCUGGAGUUGCUGGGUGCUCAUGUUCAACGUGUUCCCCCAGCACCUAUCGUCGACCGUAAUCAUUUUGUCAACGCCGCCCACGACCACGCCCUUCAGCACACAAAAGAUAACUCUAUUCCAGGAAAAGGCUACUUUUCCAACCAGUUUGAAAACCCGGCCAACUGGCAAGCUCACUACAAAACCACAGGCCCUGAAAUUUGGCGUCAAUGUGGAGGACAUUUGGACGCAUUCGUCGCUGGCUCUGGUACAGGCGGAACGAUGGGUGGUAUCGCAAAGUACCUAAAAUCCAAGUCGCCUUCCGUAAAAAUCUGUUUGGCUGAUCCUCCAGGAAGUGGUCUUUAUCACAAAGUCCUUCAUGGUGUUAUGUUUGACUUGGCGGAACGCGAAGGAACUCGCCGUCGUCAUCAAGUUGACACCAUUGUUGAAGGUGUCGGCAUUAAUCGCAUGACCCGCAACUUUUCUAUCGCCAAACCUCACAUCGAUUAUGCCUACCGUAUCACAGACGAACAAGCCGUUGCCAUGUCACGAUACCUUAUUGUUAAUGAUGGACUUUUUGUUGGUAGUUCUUCUGCUAUCAACUGCGUCGCUGCGGUACGUCUCGCCAAACAGCUUGGCCCCGGCCAUCGUAUUGUUACACUUCUCUGUGAUCCUGGAAGUCGACAUUUCUCCAAACUUUACAACCCCGAGUUCCUUAAAAAGAGAAAUCUGGAUGCAUCUCUUCCUGCCUCUCUGGAUUUUGUUAAUCCUUAACUUUGCUAAAGAUCAAUGUCAACUGAUUCCUUCCUGCUUUGUAUAUUUUUCGUUUGCUCUAUACACUCGUUUCCAGUUUCUUUUCCUUUCUAUUCUUUUUCAUCAGGUUAGCUUAGUUUAUAAAAAAAAGAAGAGAAAGCACUACUGUAUACUAAAAAUCAAUAUGUUUUAUAUUUCGUAUCCUCAUUUUUAUUGAUAAUCCUUUUAGCAACCCGUCUUUUGACUUAUACAUGAACUUUUUCUCCUUUUUUUUCUUUGACAAACUAAUGUCAAACAAAAAGCAUUCAUUCUCUUCCUUUUCCAUUCAUCUUUUUCUUUUGUUUACGGUAUAGUGUGUUGCAGUGUACUCAUUAUGUCGGAUCACCGUAGGCGUUCUACUUCAUUAUCUAGAAAGGACAAACCGUUCCGAUUAGACACUUGCCCUUAGCAGACAACGAAAAAGGUCAGAG